UAGCAGUAGCAGAAGCAGAAACCAGCGAAGCGGCAGCAGCAGAGACAAGGCAGUGCCCUCUCCCGUACUAUCCCGCAACCUUUGAUGCUGGGCCGUCUCACAAUGAGGGUCCUAGGAGGCCUCAUUAUAAGUCUUUUUUUCAUGAUCCAGAUCUCUGAAGCAGAAAACUUUUUGUCAAAGCAGCAUGCCUCACAAAUCCUUGUGAGAAAACGCCGAGCAAACACUUUUAUGGAAGAAACUAAGAAGGGAAAUCUAGAACGAGAGUGCAUUGAAGAGCUAUGCAACAGGGAAGAAGCCAGGGAGGUCUUUGAAAAUGAUCCAGAGACGAACUAUUUUUAUCCGUUAUACUUAGCUUGCCUUGGUUCUUUCCGAGUUGGAUCAUUUGUGGCUGCCCGUCAGUCAACCAACGCCUACACAGACCUGAGAAGUUGUGUCAAUGCAAUCCCAAACCAGUGCAAUCCUCUGCCCUGUAAUGAGGUUGGCUAUGAACGCUGCAUAGAUGGCCAAGCGCAAUUCACUUGUGUUUGUAAACCAGGAUGGCAUGGAAUAAAGUGUGAAGAGGAUAUCAAUGAAUGUGAAGAUCCCUCUUAUAAAAAAGGAGGUUGUAGUCAAAUUUGUACAAAUUUACCUGGAACUUACCGCUGUUCCUGUGAGAGUGGCUUCUAUCUAUUUUCAGAUAAAAAGGACUGUAGAGAUAUAAAUGAAUGUGCUGUGGUACCAAAAGUCUGUGGGAAAGCCUUGUGCAAGAACACUCCAGGGGACUUUGAAUGUGAAUGUCCCAAAGGCUAUAGAUAUAACCCCCUUUCAAUGGAAUGUGAAGAUGUGGAUGAAUGUGCAGAAAACAUAUGUGCUCAACUUUGUGUCAAUCACCCUGGAGGAUAUACUUGCUAUUGUGAUGGGAAGAAAGGAUUCAGGCUUGUUCAAGACCAGAAGAACUGUGAGGCUGUUCCAUUGUGUCUUCCUUUGAACCUCGAAAAAAAUUAUGAAUUACUCUAUCUGGCAGAGCAGUUUGUAGGGAUUCCUGUUUUGUACUUGAGAUUUCGUUUGCCUGAAAUCACCAGAUUUUCAGCUGAGUUUGAUUUUCGGACCUAUGACCCAGAAGGUAUUAUACUCUAUGCAGAAUCCAUUGAUCAUUCAGCAUGGUUCUUGCUUGCCCUUCGUGAUGGGAAAAUUGAAAUUCAGUUCAAAAACGAUCAUGGCGCUAAAGUCACAAGUGGUGGCAAAAUUAUUAACAACGGGCUAUGGAACAUAGUGUCUGUUGAAGAAUUAGAAAACAGUAUAAGUGUUAAAAUAGCCAAAGAAGCGGUGAUGAAUAUAAAUAGCCCUGGGCGCCUUUUCAGACCUUUCAAAAAUGGUUUUCUGGAAACUAAAGUGUUCUUUGCAGGAUUACCUCGCAUGGCAGAAAAUAAUCUACUGAAAUCGAUUAACCCUCGUCUAGAUGGAUGUAUUCGCGGAUGGAACUUGAUGAAUCAAGGAGCUUCAGGUGUAAAAGAAAUUAUUCAAGAAAAACAAAACAAACAUUGUUUGGUCACUGUGGAGAAAGGCUCUUACUAUCCUGGUUCUGGAGUUGCCCAAUUUGACAUUGAUUAUAAUAAUGUGCUCAAUGCUGAAGAGUGGCAGAUAAAUGUGACCUUGAAUAUUCGACCAUCCACAGGCACUGGUGUCAUGUUUGCCUUGGUUUCUGGUGACACUGUUCCUCUUGCAUUGUCAUUGGUAGACUCCAGCACCUCUGGUUUACAGGAUGUUUUAGUAACUAUUGAAAAUACCACUGUGUCUCAAAUGGAGGCUAAGAAAUCGUGUACUCAUGAAUAUUCCACAGUGGAACUCAGAGUCAGCAGAGGCUUGCUGGAGUUAACAAAUGGUUUUAAUGGAGAAACUAUUUACUAUGAAGAUCUAAAAGCCAAACUUGCCAUCUUGGACAGAGCAAUGACAGGAAGAAUAACUACCUAUCUGGGUGGCAUUCCAGAUGUUCCAAUCAAUGCUUCACUGGUGAAUGUCUUUUACAAUGGCUGCAUGGAUGUGAAAAUUAAUGGCAGAGAGCUGGAUCUGGAUGAAGCUGUCUCCAAACAGAAUGAUAUCAGAUCUCACUCGUGUCCAACAGUUUCAAAAAACCCAAGCACUUUCUAAAACCCCUUUCCUCUGCAAGAUAUGAUUUUUCCCCUAUGUGUGACUCAAGUUGCAAAGAAAGUAUGAACAGUAUUACUUGUAAUGAGCAGGGGGGUGGGAUUAUUUUCAAAACACUUUGACCCUUCAGGGGUAGCAUAUCCUUUAUGGAAAAAGAAUACUGUUUUGAUACAAAUCACAUUUUAAAAAUUCUUACCUCUUGUUGCCAUUAAGAAUUUAAAAUAAUGAAAUGCAAAGAAUUUUUUUAACUUUAGCUUUUGCUAUCUUGUGUGUUGUCUGUUUUACUUUUCUGUUUGAAAAAAAAGUCAAAUUUACUUUUUAUUUUCAUUAAGUAGUCUUAUGUUGGGGUAUUUGGAUUUUCCAUAUGACAGGUGAAAUAUUAGUUUCUUUUUUCAUGUUAUAUGAAAAAAAAUAAAAGUGAACAACAGCA